AUGGUCAAUGCAAAAAAACUUAGUGAAUCAUAUUAUGAAUUGGCAUUUUUAACGGGCAACGAAGAUUUGGUGAAUACUGGACAGGAACGACAAAAUAAACUUGUUAGUGAAAUUGUUUUACCUCAGGAGAGAACUACUUCAAAAAAAAGAAAAUAUGACGAAUCGUAUUUGUCCUUUGGGUUUAUUCCUGUCGGAAUGGCUGAGAAUCCGGAUGGACAAUGCGUUAUUUGCAACAAAAUAAUGUGUAAUAGUUCAUUGGUACCGGCAAAGCUAAGACGACACCUUGACACCAACCACCCGCAACUGAAAGAUAAAAGCUUAAGCUUUUUCGAAAGACACAAAGAAGUACAAAAAACUGGCGUAGCUGCUUUAUACAAAUAUGCAAAAACAGAUAAUGAAAACGCUAAAAGUUGCAGAAUUGCACGUGCUGGUAAGCCACACACAGUUGCAGAGGAUUUAAUAAAACCAUGUAUGACAGAAACCGUCAGCUGUGUACUUGGUGAAGAUGCAGCGAAGAAAAUUACAGCAGUUCAGUGUUCCAAUAACGUCAUAUCUGAACGAAUUCAUAAGAUUUCAGACCACAUUCACGAUGAAUUAAUUUGUAGAUUGAAGAACAGCAAGAUGUUUGCAAUACAAUUAGACGAAAGUACAGAUGUCGCCGGGCUAUCAAUAUUGCUUGUUUUUGUGAGACACCCCUUCAAAGGAUCUAUUGAAGAGGAUUUGUUUCUCUGUGCACCUUUAGAAACUAACACAACUGGAGAAGAAAUUUUUAAAGUUAUUGAUAGUCACAUGAGUAAGCACCAUAUUGAGUGGAACAAAUGCAUUGACGUGUGCAGUGACGGAGCAGCAGCUAUGAUCGGCAAAAUAAAAGGCACUGUAACAAGAAUCAAGAGUGUUGCACCUAAAUGUAGUAGCAGUCACUGCGUUUUACAUCGUCAUGCUCUUGUCGCGAUGAAAAUAUCAUACGAGCUUAAGACAGUUCUCGAUCAAGCUGUACAAAUUGUGAAUUACGUCAAAUCACGUCCACUCCAGUCAAGGCUUUUUAAAAAACUGUGCGAAGAUAUAGGAAGUCAGCAUCAAUCACUUUUUCUCCACACACAAGUGAGAUGGCUCUCAAGAGGAAGAGUUUUAUUAAGGCUAUUUGAAUUGCGCAACGAGCUUAAGAUAUUCUUCACCAAACAACCCGGUUCUGCGUCUACUAACGCGUUUGUUGAUUUAUUGCAUGAUGAGGUAUGUUCUUCUGGAUAUUCUUAUGAACUUACACUGGACAAGAAAAUUGUGAACAAUCUAGACUUCAAUCAGAGCCAGACCUAA